GUUUCCGUUGUCGAAGGAAGGGAGAUCCGAAGGAGGGAAGCGGGUGGGGAGCUGACCCCGCUCGUCUCGGGCAACGGCCCCAGAGUUGCAGCGCUCGGUGUCGUGCGCUGCUGCCUGUGGUGGGUGGUCGAUGCCGGUGGCGGCCGCGGAGCUGGUCUGGGGGGGCGAUGCUGCCGAGGCGCAGCUCGCUGACGGGGCUGGCAGUGGGGCUGUUUGCCGUCUACGUGGCGCACACCUGCUGGGUGAUGUACGGCAUCGUCCAUACCCGGCCCUGCCUCGCUGCCCUCCACGACGGCGAAGGCAACGACGGCUGCAUCCGGCCUUACCUGGCGCGUCGGCCCAAGCUCCAGCUAAGUGUUUACACAACUACACGCUCAAACAUAGGCACUGAAAAUAAUAUCGACCUGGUUUUGAAUGUGGAAAAUUUUGAUGUCGAAACUAAAUUUGAAAGAACAGUUAAUGUUUCUGUACCAAAGAAAACAAGAAAUAAUGGGACAUUAUAUGCCUACAUAUUUCUUCAUCAUGCUGGAAUUCUGCCUUGGCAUGAUGGCAAACAAGUGCAUAUGGUAAGCCCUCUCACUACUUACAUGGUACCUAAACCAGAGGAAAUCAAUCUUCUUACAGGAGAAUCUGUCACCCAGCAAAUUGAAGCAGAAAAAAAGCAGACUUAUGCCCUAGAUGAGCCUGUGUCACACUGGAGGUCUAGGUUGACCUUAAAUGUUAUGGUGGAAGACUUUGUCUUUGAUGGAUCCUCUCUUCCAGCUGAUGUACACAGAUACAUGAAAAUGAUACAGUUGGGCAAGACAGUGCAUUACCUUCCAAUAUUAUUUAUUGAUCAGCUGAGCAACAGAGUGAAAGAUUUAAUGAUUAUAAACCGUUCAACGACAGAGCUUCCACUUACAGUGUCAUAUGAUAAAAUAUCAUUGGGAAAACUCCGGUUUUGGAUUCACAUGCAAGAUGCUGUGUACUCUCUACAGCAGUUUGGUUUUUCAGAAAAAGAUGCUGAUGAAGUAAAGGGAAUCUUUGUGGAUACAAACCUCUAUUUUCUUGCUUUGACAUUUUUUGUUGCAGCAUUCCAUCUUCUCUUUGAUUUCCUUGCAUUCAAAAAUGACAUCAGCUUCUGGAAGAAAAAGAAGAGUAUGAUUGGCAUGUCUACAAAAGCAGUGCUUUGGCGAUGUUUCAGUACUGUGAUCAUAUUUCUUUUUCUGUUGGAUGAGCAAACAAGCUUAUUGGUACUGAUUCCAGCUGGUAUUGGAGCAGUGAUUGAGCUUUGGAAAGUGAAGAAAGCAUUGAAAAUGACAGUUGAAUGGAAUGGUCUGAUACCAGCAAUAAAGUUUGGUGCUUUUACUGAGUCUGAGAAGAAAACUGAAGAAUAUGAUACUCAGGCUAUGAAAUAUCUGUCAUAUUUGCUAUAUCCAUUGUGUAUUGGAGGUGCAAUUUAUUCUUUGUUGAAUAUCAAGUACAAAAGCUGGUAUUCAUGGUUAAUUAAUAGUUUUGUCAAUGGAGUGUAUGCUUUUGGAUUUCUAUUUAUGUUGCCACAACUUUUUGUAAAUUAUAAGAUGAAAUCUGUUGCACAUUUGCCAUGGAAGGCAUUCACGUACAAAGCAUUCAACACGUUCAUUGAUGAUAUUUUUGCAUUUAUUAUUACUAUGCCAACAUCUCAUCGGCUGGCUUGCUUUAGAGAUGAUGUGGUGUUCUUGGUGUACCUUUACCAAAGAUGGCUUUAUCCUGUGGAUAAGAGCAGAGUGAACGAAUAUGGAGAAUCCUAUGAAGAGAAGCUGAAAAGAAAACCCCACAAAGAAUAAUUUAAGAUAUCGCUAGGAAAUUCUUUGGAUUGAUACUGGCUGCACAUGUUGUUUGACUUUUAAAAAGAGACAAAGCAAAAGAGUAUUCUUCAGAGCUUGGGACAGAACUUCAUGGACAUUGUAUCAUCUGCAUUGCCAAAAUAUGUUAUGAUUACCUUUGGAUUUGUUUUUAAAUUAUUAUUUGGGGUUCAACAAGGCUGCCAAUAUUUCUGCCAGGUGGUUAACAUUUUGAAUUCCUUUGACAAUUUCUGCAUAAAUAUUUGUGUCUGUUCCGCUUAAUGUCUUGAACCCUCCAACAGCUGGCAUUAAGGAAUAUACUGUACAUUUAAAUUCUGCUCUUCAGCUUAUGAACAAGAAGAACAUACUGUGAAUGAUUAUGAAAAGGUAACAAACCGACGAGGACAAGGACCUGCCCUUCGCUUUCAGGCUUUUCUGUAAAAAGGUUUUGGACCAAUCCUUGGCAUGAUCCAGCCAAAGUUCAGUCCUUUUUAUGAUUUUAGGGAGGGUACAUUCCUCUCUCACUCUUUGAAAUCAUAAGGAUUAAAAAUAUUUGGUUGGCUGGAUUGUGUCCCUUAUUUUGUAUUAUGUUUCCUGAUGUGAGCAUUUCAUUUUUUUGAACAUGUCAGCUAUGCUUCUUAUGUGAACCUAAUUACAGCAGCAACCAUAUGAAGACAUGUACCCUAAAUGGUAUGUAUCAAACCAUUCUAAGCUGGUCCUGGAUGCAAAGCUUGUAACUUUAAAAACAUAUUAGCAUAAGUCAACUAAGUACAUGGAGCAAAUAGUAUUCUAGUUUGGGGGAUGAAUGUUUUGGUACGCACAGCAAAAUGCUUUUGUUCAACUCUAAAGUUGGAAUUUCUUGAUUCCACUAAACAGGAUCUAUUUUCUAAGGUCAAAAGUCAUUAUGUUUUCAGUCAAAAACAUGUUUUUAGAAGAAUGUAAAUACAUAGUUGCAUGACACACUAUUGUGCCAAUGAUACUUCGGCAGGGAGACUGUAGACCUUUUUCAUUCUAAAAUGAUACAAACCAUAAUGAGGAGUGGUCUGAAGCAACAGGCAGGCAGAAAAUAGAGGCCUCAAGAAAACAUUACAAAGGAAAAUCAGUUCAAACUCUACUGGUAAGGAAAUUUUAAUUUUCCAAUUGCCAUGUUUUGUUUUGGUGCAGGGGCUUAAACUUUUAUAAUGAGCCUUUUUAUAAAUCUGGAUGCUGUGUUUAUUAAUCAAAAUGUUUAUAUUUCAUGUGAGAUACAAUUUUAAGCAUGUUCAAAAUGCAAGUUUAAAAAACCAUUUAGACUGGGGCAUGAGCUUUAAUAGAACUGCUGUGCUACAUGUUCUUUUCAAAACUAAUCUCCAUUGACUUCCAUGAAAUUGUCACAUCUAGUCUAUGGGAUUGCCUUUUACUUCUCAAAUCCAGAACUCUGGACAACAAUCAUGGAGUUCCUGUGGAUCUGUGUGACCCACAUGUAAGGAAUUGAUGGGGGUGGGGAGAGAGGGCUGCCACCUUGUGCCUAGUUGUGCAUGCUUAAGGCCACUGAUUGAAUGAGACUUGAGUAUGCUUAAUAGUGACUUUAUUGCCAAAAGGUUUUGCUUUUGAUAUUGCUGAAUAUGCAUGUGUAUCUUCCCCGCUACAGUUCCAGAAAUCCACUGGUGCUUAAUUCUUAAAGAUAAUAUUAGGUGGCUUAUUUUAAAUUAUUAGGAAACUUUACCAAAAAUGAGUUCAUUCCAGUCUAAAGUAGUUAUGUUCAAUCCCACUCAGAUUAAUGGAGCAAAUAGUGACUAACUUAACAUUAAUUAUGGGACUAAAGUAUAACUAAUUUAGCCUGGAUCCAAUAAUAAUUGACAAUUUUGGUCACUCCCAAGCUUUCAUUUUGCUCAUUUUUCUUUUAUUUUUGUACAGCAGAAUUUAAAUUAUUAAAUGGAAGAAAAAUAUUGUCAUGAUCCACCCAAAUGCAAUUUUUUAAAGGUUCCAACUAUAUAAAAAUACCUUGGCGGAAUUAUUAAUAUUACAAGUUUCUUUGGUUAAUGUUGAAAACUAAAAAAUAUCAUUGCUUGGUUAAAUGACUUGCAGUACAAAUACUGUGUGAUUUAAAUGAAAACAGUUUGUUUUAAAUUUGAAUUAGGAAUGUAAUUGGAAACAUGAGAUCUGGUUACCUUCUAAUCCUGUCAAUUAUCUUUGUUUCCUCCACGCUGUAUAGAAAUAAAUGUUAAUAUAUACAUCAACACAUA